AUGGCGUACCAACCAUGCCACGAUCAACUCUAUGAUCAACUCUAUAAUUACUUAACAAAAUUUGGAAUUCUUAGUGACUGUCAAUUUGGUUUUCGAAAAUCUCAUUCCACUACUACAGCAUUAUUGGACUGUACCAACAAGUGGUAUGUUAACUUGGACAGGAAACUAUUUAACCUGGUAGUUUUGAUUGAUUUAAAAAAAGCAUUCGACACUGUCGAUCAUCAAAUUCUAUUGAGAAAAUUGGAGCUCUGUGAAAUAAAAGGACAAGCUUUCACUUUACUCAAAUCUUAUCUAACAAAUCGAAACCAAAUAUGCCAAGUUAAAAAUGUUAUUUCAUCAGAUAGAACAAUUAUAUGUGGGGUACCUCAAGGCUCUAUUCUAGGACCACUCUUCUUUUUGUUAUAUAUUAACGAUCUGCCUCAAUGUUUAAACAAAACAAAGCCUCGACUAUUUGCUGACGAGACAAAUUUAACAGCUGCAGGCCAAUCUAUAACUGAACUUGAAAAUGCAGUAAAUUCUGAUUUAGAAGACCUUAGGAAGUGGUUGAUAGCCAAUAAACUUACCUUGAACGUAGCUAAGACAGAAUUUAUAUUGAUUGGCUCAAAACCAAUGAUUAAAGGUACUACAGAUUUUCAUCUAAACAUUAAAAUUGACAACAAACCCAUUAAACAGAUUCAAGAGUGUAAAAGCCUAGGAGUAAUAAUUGACCAGUAUUUAUCUUGGAAUAGUAACACUGAAAAUAUUUGCAAAAAGUAA